UCCCACGCGCAAGGAUGCCUCCGUUACGUGUUUGGGCCCUCCUUAUUUUUACGCACUUUAUUAUUAUUGGAGUGCUGUCCCAAAGAAAACCGAUCAAGGAAGCCCUAUUCCUGAACAGCGACACAUUCGGGAACGCGACGCUCGAUGACUGUGUCUGGAAACGGGACCGCGAUGUCUGUCCAGACCCCAACAUCACGCUCAACUUGUACACAGAGUCUUAUCCAUUUAAGAAGCAGGUGGAUCUAUUUAGCGAAGACUGGUUACGGCAGAGUGACUGGGAACCCUCCCAUGAGACGAUACUCCUGAUCCACGGCUACGCGGGAGGCGAUGACACUCUACCCAUCAUUGUACUUCGUGAUGCUUAUAUUCGUCGUGGCGGGUACAACGUGUUGAUGGUGGACUGGGGGAAGCUAUGUCAACCUCCAUGUUACGUGGCCGCCGUACACAACCUGCGCCCAGUAGCCAGGUGUGUGGCUGAAGCCCUGGGAAACCUGCGGAAGACCGGCCUGAGACCUGACAGGCUAACGUGUGUCGGUCACUCGCUAGGAGCACAUCUCUGUGGCAUCAUGUCUAACUAUCUCAACUUUAGAUUGAAUAGGAUUAUCGGUUUGGAUCCAGCUAGACCUCUGAUCAGGUCAGCUCCAGCUCUGCGCUUGGACCCUGGAGACGCACGUGCCGUCCACGUUCUGCACACAAACGCUGGUCGCUACGGAGAGAGCGCCAGACUUGGCCAUGCUGACUUCUGUCUCAACGGAGGACGAAGUCAGCCAUAUUGUGAAGAUACACCUAACGAGGCCCUGUGCAGCCACGUGUGGUCGAUAUGCUAUCAGGCAGAGAGUUUGUUCCGCGCUAAAUCAGCAGCGCCCUGCGGUCGGCGGUGCUCCGUGAGGGUUCCUCCCGCCCGGUCCUCCGCGCUACCAGUGCCUCUGGGACAACCAGCACCUAUGACAGCAUCUGGUGCAUAUUGUCUGGAAGACUUCUCGGCGCCAUUCUGCCCCAAGACUUCAGGUCUGGUAGAAGGCGACGAGCGAUGCUGUCUCGACAAGCAGUACGCGGCCGCAGCUACCACGCAGCCUCCGAGAACACGACCCAGACCUAUCACACGGCUGAGAUCCAGAAUACUGCACAGCUAUACCAAUGACACGGCCUUUGAUUCCGAUUAACUAGGUAUAGAUUGUGUGUAGUUUUUAUAUAGAUGUAUUUUGAUGAUAUGAUGAAAAUGUUGUGUUGUUGAGAUAACUCACAUGUUCAUUCAGUUUUAUUACCGAAUAAGCAGGUACUUUUUUAUCGUGAUAUAGGCUGGGUUGCACCAUAUUAGCUGUUAUAGAUAAUAUUUUACCAGUUACCAGGAGGCUCCUUUGCACAGGAUACCGGCUAGAUUAUGGGUAACAUAACGGCGCCUAUUUCUGCCGUGAAGCAGUAAUGUGUAAGAAUUAUUAUGUGCCGUUCUGAAGGGCGCUGUAGCUAGUUAAAUUACUGGGCAAAUGAGAGUUAACAUCUUAUGUCUCAAGAUGACGAGCGCAAUUGUUGUGCCACUCAGAUUUUUUGGUGUUUUUUUAGAAUCCUGAGUGGCAAUGCAUUGUUAUGGACAGGGCGUAUCAAUUACCAUCAGCUAAUCGUCUCGUCCCUUAAAAAAUUGUUGGGCCACGGCCUGUUUUUUUCUGUGGUAAUACAAUAUGUUGUGUCGCCGUAUUGGUGCGUGUAGAAGAAUACCGCCAUAGAGUACAAAUUUAUUUGAAAUAAUCUACUAGAUCUAAUCUGAAUACUUAUGUGGAUUUGCAUAAAUACUUUAAAAAUGCUAUUUUUGACCGGUUGUUUAAAUUAUGUAUCUAUACUUACUUAGUUGUUUAAGAGAGUUUCUUGUCUAUUACAAUAUUAUCUUUAGCCAAAGAGAUUAAUAAAUUAUUAUUUCAAUACAGCGUUUGUUUUAUAAAAUAAGUUACACUCUAUGUUGGGUUCAAACUUAAAUAAUUUAUACGUCUAGAUAGACUGUGACAGCUGUGAACACGUCGAAAAAAUAGCGGUGAACUGUUUACCUCUAUUUGCAGCAAAGGAUGCACACUAAUACAAAGCGCCUAACAAAUCGCGAGUAUAAGACGUAGUUGUCAUACACACUAAAGUAAUAAAGCUGGCCUGUUGUUAUGGGUUGCCUAACAGCAAAUGAUUCGAUCUAGACGUUAUAACUUAUCUAAGGGUUCAAAAGUAAAACUAACGCCUACUUUUAUUCGAACUAUUGUCGACUUUGGUACUUGAGAAGUUGUUUCGUCCAUUGCAUAUUAUGGAUCAUAUAUUUUUGUAGAGCCACAAUCUGAGAGUUGGACACGACAUACCAAGACUUGCGAUCCAUGCGUCACUCGCACGGUUGGCUCAGUUGGUAAGAGGACUCGGACGGAACCCGAGAGGUUGCGGGUUCGAGUCCCGCAUCGUUCAUAAAUUUCCAAUCAAUCCCACAAGUGAGGUAUAUCACUUUAAAAUAACAAAUUGAUCAUAUUUUUUUACAGACUUUUUUAUUAAACAUCGAUGUGUGUACGAUCGAAAGCGGAUGGACCAAUUUAGAUAACAUUUUAGAUUAGCUGCCACAGAUCCUUUGAAGUUUGUUGCGAUCGGAUCUACAUUUUUUUGUUUUUAACCUUCUUCCAAGGUAGUUAGUUCCAUAGUAGUUAGAUAAUAAAUUCUAACCGAGCAAACCGUCAUAUCAGAUAGAUCCUAUAGGAUAGCUACGGGACACCGCCAUUAGUAACAUCAGAAAAACAAUGUGAGCAGGGCGUUGCCGGCUUUGAAUCCAAGGCACAUUUUUUUUUAAUUCAUUUAUUCCAGUAGCCUUCACAAAUUUUAUAAGUACAGUCUGCCAAACUACGUAAGUAGUUUGUCGGCAGCAGCUCUCGUGGAAAGAUAAUACUACUUACAAUAAAACUAAAUUUACAGUAUUAACCUAAAACUACUAUUAAACCUAAUGUACAGCACUAAACUUCUUUCGUAUUUGUAAAUUAACACGGCAUAGUAGAGUUAAAAUUGUAAAUAAAUUGUAUAUUAAAUCCAUUUCAUGGGCACAGUGAGAGAGUAUUUAGAGCAGACAUCUUUUAGUUAGUGUUUCACAACCGAAAGGUAGGCCCCCCACAAACGAAGAUGGUGGGUACUAAGUAAGUAGGUACGUAGAAAUAGGACAAGGUACCUAAACAUCUUCCCCCUUAUUCAUAACGGCCCGGUAACUUAAAACAGCCGCUAAGAAGUGUUUUUUCUCAUUCUGACUUAGGUCAAUAGAAGAAGACAGAGUGAGAAUUAGCAAUGCUUUAAGUUAGCAGACUAUUAUGAAUAAGGGGGCUUAUGUUUGCGAUGCUUGGGGUUCCAUAGCACCGACUCUCUUUCAUAGAACUCCAAAAACAUGAGUACGGUAUUACUAAACUCUGUCAUGAUAAAUACAAAACGAAAUAUAACAAUAUUAAUACAAGAUAUACAAAUAAAAGACAGUCUGGCUCGCCUGAGUGAAGCGACCGUAAUGAUGUGUGGAGGGUCUGUUUGUGGGAGUUGGCCAACUUCUUUGUUUUGGGUCCGAUCACGCGCCAACUCGAGCCAACAUCGACAAACAUGUACGAACUAUCGCUCCACACGUGGAAGCUUCGACGACUGUAUGGAGUCGGCAUAACACUAGUAUUAGAACCUUAGCUUUUCGUAAAACAUACGAAAACCCUUCUCUUUGUGUGAGUUUAUCUUGCACUUGGUUUUUAAAUGACAGGAGUCUGUUCCAGUCAAUUUAAAAUUAUUAAAUAAAAUACUUUUUAAGAAAAAAACUUAAACACUGGUUAAGUGAGUGAUUAUUUCAUACGACUAAUGAAUUUCUGAAUGCGAGGACAUGAAAUAAAAUUUAAUGUAAUGUGAAACUUUUUACAUUAAAAAUUAAUUAAACAAUAUUUAUUAAUUAUUUUGUUAGUCUGUUAUUAUUUUAUUAUAAUGUAAGACUGUAAUUUUUUUUUAUUAUAAUAUUACUUAAUAUUUUAUUGCUACUCACAUACAGACAUAUUUCAUUUUCUAAUUUUGUUAUGUUUUUAAUUACUUAUACCAUUUAUUGUAUUAAAUUAAUUUGCAUGCCUUACAUGUGAAACUGUAAGAUUGUACCAUCGUAACAUACCAUGUAUAUACGCAAAUAAAGAAUUUGAUUGGUUGAUUGAUUCAAUCUUAGAAUUUAUGAAUAUCAUCUCAUUAACAGUUGGGAUGUUUAAAAAAAAACAAAUACAUUGAAAUAAUAAGUAUAUUAUUGCUGUGAUUAUUUUAUUCUUACAAUGCAUCGUGUAAUGAAAACAA